AAGUCGUUCACUUGGUCGUUGCGGUUCGACGUCACCCCGUUUUCGUUCGAAGUGUGCACCUCACGUGGCAACGCAGCGACACCAUCCAGCAUCCGCGACAUCGCAAGUGCCAUGGAAUACCUGCAGUAUUGUGUCUCAGUGCUCUAGCGCAAGUGAAGUACUUGGUGCGCGAGUGCAGUACUCGUGGUUCCUGCUGCCGCAGCCUCCCGCGCUCUGUAUGAGAUCCUGCAGCGGUUGACGCGCCCGCCUUCUUCGCCGGAUCGAUCGGGAACUCGACGCUCACAUGGCUGUCACGGUUUACCCCAACGUUAAACUCGAGUGUGUCGCAGACGUGACCGGUUUCACAGAGACGAACCCACCUCGAAGAUGGCUACCACCGUGACGACUGCGACCACCUCGCGGACUCCGCCACCUAUGAAGUUCUGCAAUGGGAGAAGGCAACGGCCUCAUCGAACACGAUAUCCAUGGCUCCUUGGUACCUAUGAACGGUAGUCACUCAGGUUCUUCAGGUCGCAGUACUCCCAACAACUCAAAUGAUCCGGCACCCGGAAAACUCUUUGUUGGAGGACUAAGCUGGCAGACAUCCAGCGAGAAACUCAGAGAAUAUUUUGGAAUGUUCGGAAACGUCACCGACGUUUUAAUAAUGAAAGAUCCUGUGACGCAGAGGAGUCGUGGGUUCGGAUUCAUCACAUUUUCCGAACCAUCGAGCGUCGACAACGUGCUCAAAGUGCCCAUCCACACGUUGGACGGCAAGAAAAUCGACCCAAAACACGCCACGCCCAAGAACCGACCGAAGCAGCCCAACAAGACGAAAAAGAUCUUCGUCGGCGGGGUCAGCCAAGACACGUCCGCCGAAGAAGUGAAAUCCUACUUCAGUCAAUUCGGCAAAGUGGAGGAGACCGUGAUGCUGAUGGACCAGCAGACGAAGCGGCACCGCGGCUUCGGCUUUGUCACGUUCGAGAACGAGGACGUGGUGGACCGCGUAUGCGAGAUCCACUUCCACACCAUCAAGAACAAGAAGGUGGAGUGCAAGAAGGCCCAGCCGAAGGAGGCGGUCCAGGCCAGCGCCCAGCUGCUCGGGAAGCGGCUCAUGCUGAGCGGCCUCGGCAUGCGGAUGGCCGCUCCCGCGGCCGGCGCGAUCGCCGCCGCCGCCACCAACCCCCUGGCCGUGGUGCAGGCCCAGGCCCACGUGCAGGCGGCGGCCGUCGCCGCCGCUGCCCAGGCCCAGACGGCCGCCGUGGCCAGCUACGGGAAGCUCUUCGGCGCGUACCCGCCGCUCGCCGGCUACCGCUACUCGCCUUACCCCAUCCCGGCGGUGGGCGCCGGCGUGGGGGCAGCCGCGGCGGCCGGAGGCACCCCGACGCCCGCCUCCGCCGCCGCCGCGCCCGCGCUAGCGCCUCCCGUCGGCGCCAGCCCCUACCAGGGCUACAACCUCACCAAUGUAGACAUGUCUAGCUUCCAGGGGGUGGACUGGGGCUCGAUGUACGGCGUAGGCAUGUACGUCUGAACGUAGUCGACACGUAAUUUUGCUCACUGUCUCGUUUUACUUUUUGGUUAGUUUUUGUUUUGUGUUUUUUCGAUUGAGUGUUUUUAAUGGGCCAAGUGCCCGCUGGACUUCCAAACGAAACAUUUCCAAUUGUCAAUGGCGGCGUCUCGUGCCUAUUUUGACUGUGCGUUUUGAUAUUUCGAUUGAAUAACAUGUGUAUAUAGAAUCUCAUUUUGCAUUAAUGCUAUGGGCAGUACAGAAUAGCGUCACACCGGCUUGUUUAUUCCUCCUGGUUGAACCGAUGCCGCCUUCUGCUCAUUUAGCAUUUAGCAAUAACUCGCAAUAAUCAGUAUUAAAACGACGUAUUGACGUUGAAAUUUUUCCCGUGUUGCUCUGUCCUACCUGUGUAUUCCUCCUCGAUGGCAAUAAAUUCUCCUUUGUUUCUUCUCUCAUUUUUUUCUUGCAGCGCGCCUAUUUUGUCAUAACGAUCGGGUUGUGUUUUGACUGUACUUAAAUUAUUCGUAGGUACUUAAUAAUUUAUUACCGAUUUGACUGAACGGCGAUACUUUAUUUAUAUUUUAACGAUACAAAAGUAUAGAAUGGUUUGUUUGCUAUUUAUUACUGUUAUACUCUGUUUAUAGAUCUCAUUGAUAAUAGGGAGUAAGUUUUUUUUUACAGAGCCACUCGUCGAACUCGGAGUUGACGAAGAUCACCCGACGAGACGACGUUGCCAACCUCUCCCAUCGACCUCCGGUAAUAUAUACAUAGCAAAAAAAUAAUCGCUUUAUUUAAGUAGCUUUCAACCAUAUUAAGUCGUUACUUGAUCAUCACGCAUUGUUCGUCGGUUUUUCUUCGUCCCGGCGUGAGCUUGGCAACGCGUUUUCCUCGCUUCUCCGGCGUUCGCACGGGUGGCCUCGUGACCCGUUUUCACUUAAACGGUUAUAGGUUUACGAGUUUAUUUACGUUUAGUGCAGCUACGCCAUAGUUUGCCCGUUCGUUCGAUUCUGCAGAUCUAGUCAAGGCGAUGUCGGCCUGAUUUUCAUCACACCUCCACACAUAGACAGACCUGCCUACAUUCCGUAGUAGCUGUGCAUCGAGUUUCUCUCAUAGUGUGAUUUGCGGACCAAUGCGUCUAUUGGUUGGCCUUGUGGUGCCCCACGACGCAGCGAAACUAAGAGCACUAUCUGUCCACGACGUGGAAGCAGUGCAACUGAUCGCUCACCCUUCGCCUCUCCGCCUUUCAGUUCUCUCCUCAGUAUUGGAAAUUCGAAUCUUGACUGACUUUUUGCUCUUGGUUUCGCGUCGCUCAUAGUAAUUUUAAAAUGUUCAUACUGAUGUUUUUAUAAUGUAUAAUGCUUAGUAUUAGGACUGCCGAUGGGACGGGCGCCGCCCGGCCUUGUGAUAGUUGUUGGGCGCUCGCGGGGCUCCGUCCCGGCACAGCCGCGGGCCAGGAGUCAGGCCGUGGGCAUCACUGACGCUGACGGGCAGUUCGGCGGUUCGGUAGUUCAGUUCCGCCGACGAGGAAGGACGAGGUGGACGUCCAUGGUCCAGGUGAGGCUCGGCCCGCGGCGACAAUAACUUGUAAAUUAUAUCCAGUUGACAGCAAUAAGCGUUGUGAGACAGAAUGAACCCUCUAUUUUUGUAUUCAAUUAUAAAUGUUAAGACAAAUAAAGUUUAGUUUCACUUGUUAAGUGAACCCUGCUGAGUAUGUAAAUACUGUAGUAUCGAGAGGGUCUGUUUGAGUAUGGCAAACUAAAUGGGCAAAGCAACUACUUAAGCGGCACGGCGGAAUUCUGUGUUGCGCUGCCGCUCUGUUACAUAGACAUUUAUGUUUAGCUGUUUGUCGUAUGUAUUUUAAAGUUACUGUAGCUACAUAAGUACUGUAUAAUUUGAUAGUUACUAGAUUUUAGUGUUUGUAGUAUGUAUCUCUGUGUGUAGUGUAGUGCGGCCGAGGUCGCGAUUGCACUGUAGUAGAGCCGUUACGAAUAAAGUAGUUUCAUAAAGUAGAA